UUUUCGAAGAUGACGAAACAUCCCAUGCUUAUUGCAAUUUCUAACCAUCAUUGUACAUUAGUUGUACGACAUGUUGUACACGAUGAACACGACCACACUGGCGACGAUUAUGAAUCUAUGUGCUUGUGCUGUUCUCAGCAUGUUUAUUAUCUCACUGGAUGCAGCUGACAUUCCCAAAACAGCCAAUACAUCUUUACUUCGUAAUGCCAUUUUCAGACCUACAGUGACUUAUGAACAACCAUCAAUAAACACUGAUAAUGAUGGACCUUGCAUGAACGAUGAUGAUUGUUCAGCAGAUGAGGUUUGUUUCACACCAAUAGGUACAUGUGAGAGCUGUUUAGCAUGGAGCAACGCAGAUGGCAUACCGCAGAAAUGUCAAGACUAUCUAUCUGAGAAUACUCCCUCUGUAGUAGAAACAGAGACAACUUAUGAUGAGCCAUGUAUUUCAGAAAGUAACUGUAAACUUGGAUAUUGGUGUUACAAACACACAGGGACAUGUGAAUCUUGUGAGACUCUAAGGGACCAUCCAGAUGAUCAGAAAAUUUACUGUGCUGCUUGGAUUGAAGCAAAGCAAUCUGAUAAGGAUGAAAUGAAAGUGAAGCUAACCAUUUAUCUGAUAGUUGGAGCUCUGAUUAUCAUUAUUGUCAUCAUAGUACUUGUUCUUAUUGCCUGCUGCAUUUGUCAAAAAAAAAAACCUGUUAUAAGACAACCAGAGCAGAACAAUGCAGAGGAAGCCAGUUUUCCUUUAAAUGGCAGUCGAUACAGCCACAGAUCUCUCUCAAAUAUUUACCAUGCUGCAGCCCGUAAAUGUUUAACAAAACAUAAGGUAAAGACAAAAAACCCAAAACAUAAGAAUAAGAAAAAUAACCCUAAGUGGUACACUUGUGAAUUGACUAAGCUCAAGAAAGAAGUUCAUAAAAUGUCAAUUAAAUUAUCAUCUAAUCCCUACAACAAACAGCUCAGAACUGAAUGCUAUAAUAUGAAGCGAAAAUAUAAACAGCUUGUAAAAAAGAAAAGGCGAGAAUACAAGAAUGAUAUACUAACUAAACUAGACACAAUGAGUAACUCGCGUCUUGUAGAAUAUUGGAAUUUAAUAAAUGAACUAAAGGGAGGACAAGAAAAUAAGUUAUGUGAUAACAUUAAUGCUGAAAAGUGGUAUGAACAUUUUAAGAUACUCAAUACAGAUGAAAUCCCAUUUGACGACAACCUAAAAAUAGAAACUGACAGCACAGUCACUCUCCUAGUAGAGUGA